AUGUAGCCUAAAGUAAUGCGUGUUUUUGCUUCGGCUGUAGAACGUGGCAUCUUGGAACCAACAUAUGUGGACCCAAUUCCAAAUUCCCUUUAUGCAAACGACGAUGAUGCAGGAACAUACGAGAAUGUUUUUCCAACAAAAGACGUGCAACAUGACUCAGACAGCUGUAGUUAUGAAAACAUGAAAAAUGAAAGUGAGGAAGAAUCAGAAUACGUGAACGCACCAAAAAGAAAAACAUUUGUAUCAGAAUGAAAUGAGCUUGCAUCAGGCGCAGCCGUCUUACUGCACAGUCGACCCAACAGACCAGCCAUCUGUAACAGAGAGUUCACCCCUUCUGCCACUUUCAUAUGCGUGUAGCCAAUUUCC